ACUUGAAGGCAAUUUGGCAUGAAGCACAAUCCGAUGGCCCAAAGAGCGCUCAAAACAAUAGAUUAGCUAGUUUGCCAGGUUGUUCCGUCCUCGGGGGUAUUAUUAUAAUAUUAGACUCUAGAGUUGGCAAUUAGGCUCAGGCCUAGGCCCUAGAGUUGUAGAUCUUAAUCUUGGCUAAACACUUCCGCUUUCUCAUCGGGAAAUUCCGAUUUCCGAAGCAAGCGCGGUGACUAACGCUGUCGCUUAGCACAACCCCGCACAACUCCCUCCAGGCCAGGUGCAGGUUUUCCUCAUCACUCAUCGUCCACAGCCUGCUUGCCACAACGAAGUUGUAGAUCUUGACAGAUGGUCAGAGUGCGAUCUAAUUAUUUAGAUCUAGAAAAUUGGGGCUACAUCUACACCUUGCAUUUUCAACGUCUGGUGACACAGAGGGGAAAGAGUGGGCGCGGUGCCCAUCUUGAAAAUUGAACUUAGCCCAGCGGUGAGUCCAUAUAUUCAGAGACCUCUGCAACUUCAAAACAAGAUGCAACAAGAUGGAAAAUCAGAAUUACCCUACGGGUUUCAGGGAUUGGACAGUUUGUUAAAUGACACACAUGAUGAGGAUAUAGAGGAAAAGAGGCAGUAUGUGAUGCCGUCAUGCUACGGCCGCGGUGUCAAGAUGUGUGAGAUUCAAAUACCUUGUGUCCCACAAACUUGUCAUCACUUAGAUCAAAUGGAGAGUUUUUGCAGUGAAGAUUUGGCCCCCUUUAUCAGGCGGAGAGGGAAAGGACGGGGAGAUGCUUUGGGACUUGACUCAAGAGUUUCCAACGAGGAGAUGGUGUCUGGUGUUCGACCAGGAGGGCUUGCACAGAAGAAAGCAGACAAAAAGAUGGCUCCUUCAGCAAAUGGUGAGGGUGUCAGUGUGAGCUGGUCGGAGUCUGCACUCUGGAACGUCAAGCCUCCCCAUGUGAUAGAGAUGAGACAUUUCCCGUUGACCUUUGAACUGGAACUGUUGCAUGACUUGGUGUCUCCUUAUGGAAAAAUUCGACAGGUUGAGGAACAACAGCUGGAAGGGAAAACUUGUGUCAGAUUCAAGAUGUCAAGCAUUGAGGAGUGUCAGAUGAUAGAGGAGGAUUUUAAUGACUCAGACGUUCUUGGAACAGGAAACAAAAUCAGCUGUUCCCAUGUUGAUUCUUGAAGAUCUUGAAAGAUGGAGAGCACAACUUUGCUGGCAGCUAUUACCAAGAUGGCUACUGACCACUCUUCCUGUGCAGCGUGUUACCCACAGUGUAAGAAUAUUGGUGGACGGCAAACCUGUCUGAAGUAUCCAAGUCUUACUGAAGUGUCCAGUCGUACAGUUCUAAACAUACCUCCUGUGUAUGGUACAUCAGUAUAGCCCCUGGGCCCUUUCUAUGAGAUUAAUUGUACAGUAAACUUUGCUAAAGUUGA